GCUUUUACCAUUACUUCGCUAUACAGGUUCGCUCGUCGCGCCGACCGGUUUUUUAAACGCCGCGUACUCUAUUAUGAUUGACGGCUCGCAUCUACGAUCGUGUUUCAAAGGUUUUGGUGACAGUGUUUUGACGAUCGGAUUUUAAGUGAAAUUACAAUACGAUGAUUAAUAAUUACCGGACAUAACCUAAAAAUUAGUGCCUUUUUCAACAAUCAAUGUGUUUUGAGUGAAUUUAACUUUUCGUCGAGAAUAUCUUUUCUCGGAUACCACGGACUACUGAUGACCAUCAACAGGACUAGAAUCCUCCUGUAUUUGAGUUAUUUGUGCGGAUACAUUUGAAUUGUCAGUGAUGAGUGCCCAUUCUGGAUUAAGUGCUGUGAUUUCCUAACGAUGGAUUUCGAUUGUGGGAAUAUGCCUAAUUAUAUGGACUUAAAUCUCGAUUGGGAGUGGUCGCCCGGCGGCGCCGCGCAGCAGCAACUAUCUGUGGUGACCACGGUCUGGGGAGUGACCACGUCAACGCAGUCGGCGCCCCAGAACUUCGGCGCAGGCUAUAGUAGCUCUAACGCCAACAAGGCGGGGGUUGGACCAUCGUACCCAGGCCCACAUUACAGGCAGAACACGCCGGGGAGCGGCGUCGGCUCGGCGUAUGGCGCCGCCGGUAUGAACGGUGUCAGCUCCGGGGUGGGUUCAGGGGGUGCGGACGGACAGUAUCACAACCCCUCCUCAGCGUUGAGUGCUGCUGCUAUGGUUGCUGCUGCGACCGCUACAGCCACCGCUACUGCCAGCGUAGUGGCGCUGCAAGAGAGACAAGACAUCAACAACCAAUUCCCCCAGAUGCAGGUACCGCAGGGCGGACAGCAGUAUGGGGGAAGCUACGGGGGUCAACGGGGCCAUGGACCAAUGGGCCCCAUGAAUGGGAUGAGCCCCAUGAACUCUAUGGGUUCAAUGGGAAUGAUGGGUCAAGGCUCUGGACCCAUGCAUGGCAAUAUGGGCAUGGGUCCCACCAUGGGGAAAAUGGGGAUGCAGCAGGGAGUCCCGCCCGGGUCGCAAGUUUACCCCAGGAGACUUGCCCCUUACCCCAGUCCGGCCAUGCACAUGUCUCAGAAGAGGCAAACAGCUUACCCCGGACCAGGACCUUCCCCUACCAUGCAACCAGGCUUUCCCCCUCAGCCUAACCCUCAGUAUUCCAGUGGGUAUGGAGCCGGCAGGCCGGGUUUCCAAGGGCAAUACCCACCCCAGCAGUCUAUGGGGGGAGCGGGGGGAGUUUUUGGAGGAAGCACGGCGGGGAAUCGGGGGUCAACAGGAGUCAUGAGGCAAACAACCCCGCCUUACACGACGUCAACAAACCAAUCCGGGCAGUACUUCGGACAGUUCCCUCCUCACCAGACGAGUGCAGCGCCCCAGUACGGGGGCAUGCAGGAGGUGGGCAUGCGUGGCAGCUACCAACACAGCCCCAUACCCGGCAACCCUACACCUCCGCUCACCCCCGCUACCAGCAUGCCCCCGUACAUCAGCCCCAACGCUGAUAUCAAACCUAACUUCAACGAACUCAAGCCUCCUCUCCCUGUACAAAAAGACGAUGAGUUGAGACUAACGUUCCCUGUUCGAGAUGGAAUCAUUUUACCACCCUUCCGUCUAGAGCACAACCUAGCAGUGAGCAACCAUGUCUUCCAACUCAAGCCUACAGUCCACCAGACGCUCAUGUGGAGGUCAGACCUGGAGCUGCAACUCAAAUGUUUCCACCACGAGGACCGGCAAAUGAACACGAAUUGGCCAGCGUCCGUGCAGGUCUCCGUCAACGCAACGCCUCUCACCAUCGACCGAGGAGAGAACAAGACGUCUCACAAACCUCUGUACCUCAAAGAGGUCUGCCAACCCGGCCGCAACACCAUCCAAAUCACAGUCUCAGCUUGUUGCUGUUCGCAUCUGUUCGUGCUGCAGCUGGUGCACAGGCCGAGUGUACGCAGCGUGCUGCAAGGUUUGCUACGUAAGAGACUUCUCACCGCAGACCACUGUAUAGCAAAAAUCAAGCGCAACUUCAGCAAUACCGCGUCAUCCGGCCUUAACUGUCAAGAUAGGGACAGUGUGGAACAAACGGCUCUCAAGGUGUCGCUUAAGUGUCCAAUAACAUUCAAGAAGAUCACCUUACCAGCGAGAGGCCACGAUUGUAAACACAUUCAAUGCUUCGAUCUGGAAUCAUACCUUCAGCUCAACUGUGAGAGAGGCUCUUGGAGGUGUCCUGUGUGCAAUAAACCGGCGCAGCUAGAAGGGUUAGAAGUGGACCAAUACAUGUGGGGCAUUCUGAACACCCUGACAACAUCGGACGUUGAGGAAGUGACCAUCGACUCGUCGGCCAACUGGAAACCUGCACGAGGAGUAAACCUGAACAUCAAGUCGGAAGAAGACACGAGCGACUCCUGCAGUGCUAAGAGACUCAACAAGGCUAUGAGUCCCGGCAGCAUGACCCUCCCUACCAUGAACAACUGGGACAUGAGCCAAAGCAUGAGUCCCUACAUACCUCCUGAUAUGAACAGUAUUGCCAGUGGGUCGAUGAUGAACUCCGGACCUCCCUCCUACUCAAGCACGAUGGGCCGAGGGUACGACUUCAACUCCAACACUUCCUCCUCCAACAAUGAGUUCUCAAGUGGACCUCUUAGUCACCUUAGUGAGUCAGUCAACUCCCUGGAUCCCCUCAACGCAAUGGAGAAGAGUCUCAAUGAACAAAUGCCCCACACGCCGCAUACUCCACACACCCCUCACACACCGCACACACCAGGCAGUGGUGGGGGGGGAGGUAACGGCAACGGGAAUGGCAGUGGUCCACCCUCCGUACCCCCUUCCUCCACUGCCGACACAUCCAACGCUCCACCUCCCCCCUCGGACAACGAUAUACCCAGCGACCUCAACUUUGACCCAGCGGCUGUUAUUGAUGGCGAAGGCACUGGCCAGGAAGCUCUCAAUCUGUUGCCGGAUAAUGUGGUAGACCCGAUGGAGCUGUUGUCUUACUUGGACCCCCCUGACCUAGCGACCCCCCCGUCAAGCGGGGCCAGCAGCAACGGCAACAUGGGGACACCUGGAGCCCACACCAGCGACGACAUACUCGCGCUCUUCGAGUGAUCAUCUACAUGUUCCUUCAAUUGAAUCUUAAGUUGCCAUGGGAAGUGAGAGACGUUUCUACAAACGCGGUCCGAUCCCGUUCCUCAGCGAUAGUCGGAGAGGAAGUUUGUUAUAUUUAUUUUUACUUAACUCGCUGUACCUUAUUUAAAAUUAUAGAUGCGUUCUCUUGUAUCUAUGUUCCUUUGUAUUUUAAUUUAUAGAUUGGAUUGAAUUUCGUAUUUAUUUUUCCUCGGUGGGACAAUGGCUGACAUAAUUUCGCUCGGUGAUAGUUCCUUGAAAAGUUAAUGGUGUUGAAGAUUGAGAUUGUUUGAAAAAAUGUAGAGUGUGCAGUUUAGUUAUUUCAAUUACUGUAUUAAUAAAUUGGUAAGGUAUUUAAUUUUUUUUAUUUUGAAAAGUACCUAAAUAUAAAUAAAUAUAGUAGAAAUACAAGUACACGAAUAUAAAUAUGUUGAAAAAAGAAUGAAUUACACAAAUUCUGUAGAAAAAGAAAUUACAGAAAAAUCAAUGAGAUUUUAUAGCUACAAGUUUAAAAGAUACUUGCCGAACCAAAAUUGUUAAUUCUACAAAUUAUAGGAAUAUUAACGUUAAAAUCCUUAUUGAUUUUUAACUUAACAACAUUAUAUAAACAAAAGUUUCUUGCUAAGUUUUUUAAGCACCUGCCUCUACUUACACACAACUAAUAGGUUUGUUGAACCUAACUUUCGUAAAUUCCUGGAAGUUAAGAUUAGUUCCAAGCGUGUGACACUCCUAAGACUUACGAGCCGAGCAGCUCAUAUUCCUAUCAAAGUCAUUGCCCCACCCGGCCAUUCCCAGAUAGGCAAACAGCUAACGUCACGCAAUAUGUACUUACGAGUACGAUCGAUUGUACGUAUGUAAAUAACACUGUAGUGUGGCACGGUAUAUUAUAAAGUAUAAUUAAUGGCGGCCAGUCCCCUUAGAAAAUAGUAUACAAUAGUUGAAAUUUAAAUAAAGAUAAUUAACAAUUAAAUAUUAUAUUUUAACUGUUGUUGGAUCCAAAAUGUAAGUAAGUUGUAUGUGAGAAUGUGAUUGUGAAGUGAGACUUCUCUUAUUCUAAAGCUUCUUGUCGAUUAGUGAAGUACGUACAAAAUAACCUCAUCUCUGUGGGUUCAUUGAAAUACUAUUUAGUAACGCAGCACUGAUAAAACUCCUCAACUUGGAGUUGAGAUUUUAAACUAAAUUUAAUUUAAAUAACAAAUGUUGUUAGUUGUAUUUCAAAAAUAUCUUUUGGUCAAAGGAAGCGUUUUACCAAUGUGAUAAAUAUUAAAUAUAUAUAUAACAAUUUGCGAUAGUAGCAUAUUAGUUGAGCUAGGCUAUUUAUCAAAUAUCCCUUUACGUCAUUUUAUAUUUCUGGAUUAAAAAUUAUUAUCCGAAUACACUUGAAAAAUUUAAAAUCCAAAAGAAGUAAGGUUUCUACUCAAAACAUACUUUGUUUAACUGAACAAUUUGAACAUUUAAUGUACCAUAUCCAUAAGUUUUGAAGGGCUAAAAAACGGUGCUAAUGAAUCAACAAGAGUAAAUAAUAAUACAAAGUUUAAUAGUGAUAUUUUAAAGUACGAGGACAUAGAUUUGAUAUUGUACGUGCUUCACAUGUUGCAGUAGCCCUGUAUCAUUUUAUAUAAUUAUUAUUAAUUACCAUAGAAAAUUUGUUUAUAACUGUUUAUAAUGGUAACUAUUAAAGAUGAAUUGAGUAAAUUGGACACCAAUAUUUUACCUAAGAAGGUAUUUUAUUAGGGCUAGAUUAUUGAAGGCAACUAUUUUGUAAGUUGAAAGUGUCCUACUCCUGUUUAAUGUAUCGGCUUGUGUUAGGUUUCAUUUGCAGUUUUGUACCAACGACACGUGUUAAGGCUUUGUUAUUUUGUUCGCACCCCUCCGAAGUAGCUUGUGUUGUACAUAUCGGUUUUAAUGAAAAUAUAAUCGAUACUUAAGUAUAAAUGAAAAGGCCAGACUGUGAUAUCAUAAUUUCUAUUCUCAUAAAUUUUCGGUUUUGUGAAUAAUAAAAAUUUUAUUUUAAGUUUUAAGUAUUGUACAUACUCUGUAAUGUUUGUGUAGAUCAAAAACUAACAUAUAAUAAGUCUGUGUUGCAUAAGUUCUUAUGUGUUCCUAUGUAUGAAGUGUAAUCUAGCCCUAAAUGUGCAUUGAGGUUCACUCGUCGAACGAGAAGGUUGUAGUAGAGAUGUUAAAGGUUUAUUUUUCUAUUCUAGAGCAGUUGUUUGCGACGGACGCUCUGCCGUGUUUCCAUGUUAACACAAACACAGUACAAAAGUUUGUUAUCAUUUUAAAAGAAUUAUUUACCUGUUAAUUGUCAUUUCGUGUAGUAAACCUACUUAAUCGGUUUUCCCACGAGUCUUGUCCGUCAAGUUUUUACUGUAGGAUGUUUUAACUCCACUGAGAGAGUUGUCUUUUAAUCAAAUUUUAUAAGAAAAACUGUCAAAAUCGAGUAAAGAUCAAAUAUUAUAGGUAAAUUAAGAGUUUGAUACGUCAUUUAAGAAACCAGUUUAGGGUGUAUAUAAAGUAUCCGUACCUAGAUUUAUAUAAAAUAGUAUUUUUUAUUUGAGUUUUUGGGAGCAAAAGUAUUCUAUUUUUACACUCUGGUCGGUCCCUGCCAUCGGCUCGUGUCUAAAGUUUCAAUUGUGAUUUAAGUAUUCUCCGAUACGGAUAGGGAUCGACCAUUUUAAAUGUAUUUUUACUUGUGUAUGUUUGUCCAAAGUCCUGUACAGUAUUUAAAGCUAAAUCUGUAUAUUAAAAGUGUACUAGAAUGCAUUCAAAAGAAAAUUUAACCGAAUUCCUCUUCAGAAACAAUAAUUUAAUAGCAAAAUACUUGAAACACUUGAUAAAAAAAUGAAGACAAUGCAUUCUAGUUCACAGUAGCACAAGUGUUUUAGUAUCAUUGAAUCUUUGACAUGGUGUCUUUUAAAGCUUGACAGUUUUUAUGUUCGUAUCAACCAGACCAGAAAAGUCACUCUACUCUAAGGUUAGUUUUUGGACCAAUUCUAAAGAUACCAACAAUUAAGUCACGGCUAAUCGCUAUCCACUUCGCCCAUCUAGAUAGCUAGGUCUUCCUUGCUUGCUUUCUUCUACGCCUCAGAAAGAAUAUUGUAAAUAGUUUUCAUAGUAGAUGUAUUUAUGCAACCUGUUCAUUACACACUUGGCAACAAACAA